UUUGAAAGUUGACAGUGACAUUUUAUAAUUGUGGACAUCGUAGUAAAAAUGGACGAGUUGCCAGUUAUGCUUGCGGCAGUUCUUGAAAUAAUAUAUGACGACGACAUCGAAAUGGAUUUAAUAGACGAAUACAUAUAUCCAGGUAGAAUUGCUGGUCUCAUAGUUAACCAGCAAUUACGAUUCGGCCCUUCGCCUUUUGUUGGUAUCAGAAACUAUAUCCAAGACACAGUUUGGAGGUAUCCAGACGAUUUAUUCAAACAACAUUUCAGGAUGUCUAGAAAUGCUUAUAAUGUAUUGCUGCAGAGAUUUACGGUGUACUUGACACAGCCAAUUAACACAACAAUCCAUAAUACAGCCCUUUCGCCCUAUGUGAAACUUCUCUUAUUUUUAUGGACUAUAAGCAACCAAGACAGUUUCAGAGCAAUUGGAGAUCGCUUCGGAAUGUUAAAAGGUGAUGCCCAUUUCAUUUUCAUUUCAGCGUGCCAAAUAAUACUGGCUCACGGUAUUGAUUUCAUUGGUUGGCCCGAAGAGAAUGAAUAUCGUAGUAUCAGCGAAGAUUUUCGUCUUCCAUACACCAUAGGCGCACUGGACGGCACUCUAAUACGAAUACUACAACCGUCUUAAAACUUUGCUGCAUAUACUUGUCGAAAUUUUUUUUGCAGUAACCCUGCAAGCGACCUGUAGAAAAAAUCUGUCAUUUACAUCGGUAAGCACUGGCUGGCCAGGAUCUAUGCAUGACGCCCGUGUUUAUGCGAAUAGCGAGCUAGGGAAAACGCUUCACGACAAACUUGCCAGAACCGAUUAGCAUUUAAUCGCAGAUCUUGCCUAUCCUCUUUCCAGCUAUUUGCUGAAAUCAUACCCGCGAGAAGGUGCAACUGCGGUAAACAUUGCGUUGCAGAGUAUGCUGCAAAAUCAUCCCUUAAUACGUUAAUGUUUUCCAGGAACAACUGUUAUUCAACCGCACGCUAAAUGGUGACAGAUCAACAAUAGAGCGUGCAUUUGCCCACCUAAAAAUGAAAUUUUGUUGUUUAAAAUUUCUCUACAUGUUAAGACUAGAUUUGAUACCAAGUGUCAUUAUUGCUUGCUGCUGCCUGCACAAUUUCAUAAUAGAAGUUGACGGCCUUGACGAAGAUGACAACGAUUAUGCUGACGGAAGCGACGAAGACGAAAACGAG